UACGACAACACCGUAGAACAAUUGUACACGCCUCUCGCGUUUCCCAGAAUUCGUUGCGUUCCGUAGAUCGACACAGCAGAAGAAGCACUAGCUAGUUUGCUAGCAUUUCACUAGCUAACGUCACAUUUCUUAACACACAGCGGAGGAAAUACCCAACUAUUGAAAAUGAAGGACGUUACCGGGUACCUCAAGCAACAGCAGAGCACCAACCCGGAGAUGGCAGCAGAAUGGCACAUGCUGGAGGAAUUCUACAACAAAAAGUUGUGGCAUCAGCUGACUCUGAAGUUGACCGACUUCGUGAAAGAUCCUUGCUUUAAAACGGGGGAUGGUCUUAUACAGCUUUAUGACAAUUUCUUGAGUGACUUCGAACACAGAAUCAAUCCAUUGUCUUUAAUGGAGAUCAUACUCUUUGUUGCCCGACAGAUAAAAGAUCCUAAAGAGGCCAUCACUUUCCUUGAGAAGACCAGGGAAAAGGUUAAGAGCAGCGAGGAGGCCGUCAUCCUCUGCAAGACGACUAUCGGCAGUCUAAAACUGGAGAUCAACGACCUUCCAGCCACAAAGAAAAUCAUCGAGGAGGUGGAGGAAAUCCUCAACAACUUGCCAGGAGUGACCUCUGUCCACGGCCGCUUUUAUGAUCUGUCUAGCAAAUACUACCGCAUCAUUGGCAACCACGCCUCCUACUACAAGGAUGCCCUCCGCUACCUCGGCUGUGUGGACAUCAAGGACCUGCCAGAAACGGAGAAGCAAGAGAGAGCGUUCACGCUGGGACUGGCCGGACUCUUGGGAGAGGGGGUUUACAACUUUGGAGAGUUGCUGAUGCAUCCCGUACUGGAGUCCCUACGGAGCACGGACAAGCAGUGGCUCAUAGACACCCUCUAUGCCUUCAAUGGGGGCAAUGUGGAGAAGUUCCAGAGCUUCAAGUCUGCCUGGGGCGCGCAGCCUGACCUGGCAACAAACGAGUCCAAGUUGAUGCAGAAGAUCCAGCUGCUCUGUGUGAUGGAGAUGACCUUUACCCGCCCAGCCACCAACAGGCAGCUGACCUUCGCUGAAAUUGGUCAGAGUGCCAAAAUCCCAGUCAAUGAGGUGGAGCUUCUGGUGAUGAAGGCUCUCUCUGUGGGCCUUAUCAAAGGCAACAUCGAUGAGGUGGACCAGAAGGUCCAGAUGACCUGGGUACAGCCAAGAGUACUGGAUCUACAGCAGAUCAAGGGCAUGAAGGAGCGUCUGGACUUCUGGUGUGAAGACGUCAAGAACAUGGCCAUGUUGGUGGAGCAACAGGCCCACGACAUCCUCACCUAAGGGAGUCUUAAGGCUCAGCCCUUUUCUUUCCCUUUUGCUACAGUUAUUUAUACUUGUAUCAAAAAGGAACCGUCUCUGUUUAUUCCCCUGAUAGGUGGAAGGUUGCAUCCAGUUAUUUCAUUUUUGUAUUUUCAUCUUUUUUUUUUCUUUUCUUUUUGCUGUACGCAUUCAUAUCCAAACAUUUAAUUGAACUGUACACUGUAUUUUACAAAUAAAGACUGGUCUGAACAAAAUCCUAAAUAAAUAACUUUAAAUAGUUUUCAGAAAAUGAGUCAAAUAUCUUUUAUAUUUGAGUGGAAACCAUGAAAUGUGCCUCCCCAUUUUUUGGUCUAUGGAUGUUUCCCCAGUACUGCCUGCUUACUUACUAUAGAUUGUAAAAUUAAACACUCUUGUACAUCAUAAAUUGGUUACAAAAAUAUUAUUUGAAUAAAUAUGAAAUGUCAUUACAAUCCUUUAGUUAUCCUCGACCCCAUUGCUGUUCUGUUUUAGGUUUUUAUAUUCUUGUUCGACCUUGAAUCAAAUCCAUUACUACUAGCUAUUAAAAAUCGAGAGAUCUAUGUGGCAUUCUGGAAAUAGCUUCUUAACUAUUCUCAUAUUACCAAACUGCCUAAUUUGACAUUCUUAAACAUGAGGGUUGACACUAUAAUAGUCUAGAUUUCGUUUAGUCAUCUUAUUCUGAAUAGGAUUUUAUUUCUGAGCAUUGUUUAACAGUGUGCACAUGUCUGCAUCCUUGUGUAUAUGCAGGGUAGUUAAAUUGUUUCCACAUUUGUCAUUACUGCUUUGAUAUAAAAUGCUAAUCUGAGGAGUGAGAUUCCUUACCGUGCAUCCCUAUUGGUUAUUUUAAACACGGAAUAAAAAAUGUUAUUUAUAUUUCAGGCUGUUGAAAGGUUUGUGAAAUGUAGUUUAAAAACUGGAAUAUCCACAAAUUUGGGUCGUAAAUAUAAUAAAAUGGUUUAAA